CUGCACACGGCUGCAUGCUGCCUGUUAUAUAACGGUGACGUAAUUCUGACAGAACUCACGUCCUUGGCCUGAAAACUCUGAAACAUGAAAAGUAUUUAAUGCUAUUACAUAAAGCCGCGGUGAGUUCAGCUGCUGUGUGAAAAUAUAAUGUUAGUUUGAACAUUUUCUAACUUGCAGGGUCGACAUAAAUAGCGGGGAGUGACGUCAGUGUGGGUUUUUUGGCCGGUGACGUCAGCAGCGCUGCGCGUUGUUGCAGAGUCACUGCGACCGUUUCGACUGUAAACAAGGCUGAGGACAGAAAAGUCGCGUAUUAGGCCUUAAAAUCUGCGCUGUUUAUCUCUGUCGUUGUUCACGAUUAAUAUUAAUCCGCGAUUGAUACCGUGAGACGAGUCUGGACAUCCGCGUGCCGUGUCUUUAUUAAAGGUGCAGGUCGUGUUUUCGAGGAGAACCAGUCAGUCCCUGAAGCUAGCAUUAGCUUAGCCUCACUGGCUAGUCAACAUCUGAGGGCCUGUUGCGAGUGAAACGCCCUUUAUGCCCUGGGUAUAUCUUUCUUCACUGCGACCAGGAUAUCCUUAACCCUGGGUGGCUGGUCAGAGCGGCCUCCUCCCACCAUGGAGGCAGGAGGGAAGGACUGCGAAGAGGAGACGCUGCAGACUGCCUUUAAGAAGCUGAGGGUGGAUGCUGAGAGUGUCCCCGGAGCUGUGAGCGUUUCCGAGGCGUUGGCUCCCAGAGCGUCUCGAGCUUGUCUCGACAACAGCGGAGCGAAGCCCAAACUCAGCUGCCCCAAGGACAACUGGCAUGGCUGCAUGAGGAAAACAUCUCGAGGAGCAUCCAGAACCCAACGGCGUCGGAGGUCCAAGUCCCCCAUCCUCCACCCCCCGAAGUUCACCUACUGCAGCACCUCUGCAGCCUCUGCACUGUCGCCCCCUAGUGUCUGCCUGAAGCACCAGCGCCUGGCCAUGCCAGAGCCUGCGGAGCCUCAUCCCGCAGUCGAUGGAAGAACGACCUCCUCUGUCGCCGUCACUGCCCAGAAAGAGCUCUCUCCUUCGGGCACCGCGGGCCACAUUUCUCCCGUGGUGUUCGGAGCUGGAGCCGUGGUUUCCUCACCAUCAUUACAAGAGAUCCCUGUUGUCAUUACUACUGCUGCGACGUCAUCCAGGCAGGAUGGAGGAAGCUCUGGAGAUGUUCAAUCGAGCGAGGGGAACGGCUCGGAGAAAAGCGCCUGUGACGGAGCGGAAUCCAGAGCGGGAGCACCCGCGGAAGCCGCCGACUUCCGAGCUCUAUCCAAGCUGCACAGCAGCGGUUCGGCAGAAGGCCCCCACAUUCCCUGCUCCUCCUGUGCUCAGAGAAAUCGCUCCGAUUCCCCAAAAGGCCCUAAAGAGAGUACGCAGGGGGCCGAGUCUCAGUGCCAGUGCCAGCCCACCCAUCACCUGAGCUGGAACGGCGUGGAGGUGUACUCCUUCACGGGGCUUCGCAACGUCAUCUCAGAGUGCGAGAGGAGCCUGCCGAGCCAAGAUGCACCCAGAACUCUCAGCGCCAACAGUAACGCCGCCGCAGCUUCGUCGCCUUCAUCGUCAUCGUCUCCGGCGUUGUCGUCAGGUUCCCCACGCUCGUGCUCGGAGCAGGCGCGAGCCUACGUCGAUGACAUCACAAUAGAGGACCUUUCUGGCUACAUGGAGUAUUAUCUAUACAUCCCCAAGAAGAUGUCACACAUGGCUGAGAUGAUGUACACUUAAAUAAAUAUUAUUAUUAUUAUUAUUAUUAUUAUUAUUAUUAUAUCAGAUAAGGAAAUAAUAAGAUAAAGAGGUUUUUUUUUUCUGUUGUUGAUGGAAAAGGCAGCCUCAGAGGAAUGUCAGUAGUGGGUAGACGAAUGAGUCAGGCAUGAAAGUUGUAAUUUAAAUAUACAACGUUAACUGAUUUCUAACCCAGGUUGAAAUGUUUCCAUUUCCCUGCCCUCUCUUUAAACCUUCCCUUCAUUUUACUAGAACUGACAGAAACACAGGACCGCCAACUAUUACUCAUUAGUUCUGACUUUCUCCGCCUCCUUUUUUUUUUUUUUUUGUGCUACAUGGAUCAUUUGUUUUAUUGAUUUUUUUCAGUUUACAACAAAUAAAGUUGCCAAAGCUCUUGGUGCAGUCUUGCAGAAGGAGAUAAUAGUAGGAAUAUGCAAACUUGUAAUGCCAAGUGUGAUUAUGUUUGUGGUGUUGUGACCUUCAAAGUCACCUGUCUGGAUUUCAUUUCACUCAAUAAAAGAAGCAAACUGUUUUUGUGGAAA